AUGUUGCUCUUAGCCUCGGUGAAGUCCAUCUCGUUCAUUCCUUCACCUGUGUACCAAUGCAAGCAAGCUUUUCUCCAGAAUAUAACAGUGAACUACUCACUCUCUUUGUGUAACAUUUCCUGAAUAGAUGUGGAGUUUCGGAUGAAUGUCGAAUCCAUCUUCAACCCUGUUGGAGGAAUAUCACAGACACUGGAUUUGACAUUGUUUGGGAUCCAUUCCACAAAGUAUGAUGAGUUCUUGUUCUGAACAUUCAUCAUUUGUUCAUUAACCUCCUUGGUGCUCAUUUUGCAUCUAAAUAUUGCGGAUGCAAUGAGAAUCAAAAUUUGUGACCCAAAACGUUUAGUACCAAAACUUAUUAAAUUAAAUUUAAAGAUACCAAAAUCAAUAUUUUAG